AUGUUUUACUCGAAUGACUUACUUUCAUUGAAGAAGGGACGUUUUGGUGUUUUAUGGUUGGCAGCCACACGUGGUGUUACGCGCGUGAGUAAGCGUGAUAUACUCGCUGUUGAUAUUGUGAGCUCAUGUUCUGAACUAUUGGAGUACGUUAAUGGCUCUAAAAGAUCUCGUUUGUCUUUGUAUCUCUCAGCACAGCUAAUGUAUGGUUUGUGCAGAGUCUACGUGGAGAAAGUUUGCAUCGUUCUACCAAGAUUGGAAGAUAUAACUCUUAUUGACGCAGCGACCACACCUAGAGCCGAAUCUGGUCUCGUUUUUGGUGAAGACUUCCAAACAGAGCUUCUAUCCGAUCUUUUGGGUAAUAACGCUUCUGCGUCAGCUGAAGCUGUCUGUGGGUUAUUCCAAGAUCCUAUCAGAAGUAGCAGACAACAAUCUGUGUUGAAUUUGAGCCCUGAUGAUAAGGAGAAUCGAAUUCGUAUUGAGGAUCUUCUUCCGCGCAAAAGCACUUUGGAAACUUUACAGCCUCUUCGCAAGCGCACACGACAAUCGUCUGUUUACGAACUCGAUAAUAUUGACGAGCAGUCAAAACGGGAAGAAAGUCAAAUCCUUCUGAGCGAACCUCAAAUACCCACGAGCUGUCAAGAUGUCUCUUCCACGGCUAGGUUCCCACUUUCUGAAAUUAGCACUAUUCAACCUAUCACCGAGGCACGUCAAGCUCCGGAGGAAACCACCGGAGUUUCACUGUUAGCGGGAAAGGAUCAAGUUCCUGAGGCUGCCCAGACAAAAUCGCCCAAACCUGAGACUCUUCAACCCAUUGAGGAAGCUUUGCAAGGUACUAGUCCAAAGCGUCGACGUUUGGAUGCUGAGGUUGCCGCCAACGACGUGUCGAUUCGUAACUCAUCCCUUGACCUCGGGUGUCCACGGCCUUGUGCUGCCUCUUCAGCUGUCAAGUCAAAGCCGCCACAAGUAGCCUUGGCGACUCUUCAUCUCUCCCAGCUGUCCGCUCCAGAUGCACAAGUCGUUCCACACCGUCGCCGUCGUCGUCGUCGCAACUGCUACCUGGUAAGAGAUGAGGUGCUCCAGCUCUCGAAAGCCCAGAUUAUGGAGAACUUUGAGAUGAGUCACGAAAACUUGCGUACAAGAGCGGAGACUCUGGCCCCUGGGGCUUCAGAGGCACAUCCAAGGCGUGCAAGAUCGUUCUACGUCGACCGAUUGCUCGCGCUGCCUGCAAAUUGGGAGCUGGCCAUCAGUCGAACCCUGGGCGAGCUUUGGCGUUCCAAGCGUCGUCUGUGCGAGUCAAUGCCACUGGAAGACUCCCGUCCCCUUUCCAGCCGUGUCUCUCGCUCCAAUCUUGGUAGUAUCCGCGAGUCUGUGACUGAGUCUUCCCGCGAAGAGGCCCGUGGUACAAUGAGUGAACAGUUCUCGGGCCUCCUUGCUCCCCGUGUCUCCUCUCUGGGCUUAGCGCGAGCCUCCUCCAGCCAAGAACAGGAACAGGAAGGACGCAGUCUUCAUAUACCUGCAUCAACGCAGAGCAUCACCAUUCCGGAGGAGAAGAUGCUUCCACCUCCACAAGAGCCGCCAACACUUCAGGAGACGACGCUGGUGGCGUCUGAGAUUCCACCUCCUCAACUGGAAGAAGGACAGCCAGCGUCAAUGACUGAAGGGCUGGAAGUGACUCUUUCAGGUCUCGUUGACAUCUAA